AUGGCGCGGGAGCUGAAGACGGCGGCGCCGCUGCUGGACGCGGCCGAGCGCGGCGACGAGCCGCCGGAGCUGGUCCGCGGGCCCUUCACCGGGGGCGAUGGGAUCCAGAUCAUGAUUCAGGCAGCGCCUCCUCCGCCCGAGAACCUGGCACCCACGACCCUGAGCCAAUCGCUGCUGCACUCCAUGGCCGACGCACCCCUGGGCGGCUCCAACGAGGGUCCACUGGCAGGCCUCAGCUCCGAGGAGGCGCAAAGGCGUUUAGCACAGUACGGCCGGAACGAGAUCCCCGAACAUGUGGAACCGUGGUACGUGAUGCUUGGGAAGCAAUUUGUCGGCAUGAUGCCUGGCAUGCUCAUCAUCGCGGCCAUUCUUUCUGGGAUCUCGAGAGACUGGACAGACUUCGCCGUCAUCACCUUGAUGCUCAUCGUGAAUGCGUUGAUUGGCUUCCAUGAGGAGUUCAAGGCCAGACAGUCCUUGGACGCCCUGAAGGCGCAGAUGACCGCCACCGUGCCGGUGAAGAGGGAUGGGAGCAUGAUGAUCGUCCCCGUGGCCGAGCUAGUCUCGGGAGACGUGAUCUUCCUUCGAGGAGGCAACAUUGUUCCAGCAGAUUGUGAGUUCCUCGAGGGCGACGAGAUGCUGGUGGACACCGCGGCGCUCACCGGCGAGCCGCUGCCGCGGAAGGUGCCGCGGCCCGACCGGCCGGAUGAGCCGCAGGGCGCCGGGAAGAUGCUCCUGUCGGGAUGCAUCGUGAAGCCGCUUGGAGAGGCUUUGGAAGGGGACUUGCAAGGUGAAGCACAUUGUGAAGUCAAGGAGACCGGCCUCAAUACUGAGAUUGGCCAGGAGCCGGGGCUGGCAAACAUCAGGGAAGUGGUGGAUAUCGAUAAACGAGCCGCAGGGCUGGUCGCUGAAGCCUCUGGACACCAAGCCAGCAUGUUCGAAUCCAAGAUCAUGCAGGUGGUUCAUGCGGUGAUCCUCCUCUCCCUGGUGGACGCGGGGGUGGUGCUCUAUGUGGAUGUGGGCCACAGAGGCGUCCGCUUUUCACAUGCUUUGCUCAACGUCUUAGCUUUAGUCAUUGGUGCAGUGCCCAUUGCCCUGCCCUUGGUGAUGCAGGUGACGAUGGCCAUCGGUGCGGCCAGCAUGGCCAAGCGCCAGGCCAUUGUCACGCACCUCACGGCGCUACAGGAGAUCGCCUCCAUGACCGUGCUGUGCAGCGACAAGACGGGCACCCUAACGACGGCGGACAUGCGGGUCUUGCCGCACCGGACCUGGACCUGCAAUCGCACCACGAAGGACGAGGCGCUGCUGUACGCCUGCCUGGCGUCGAAUCCCGCGAACAAGGAGGACCCCAUUGACAAGGCCAUCCUGGGCUCUGGCCAUGAGCACUUUGGAGAAGAGGAGGCGGACAAGCUCAUGGCGAUGUACAAGAAGGGCAAGUUCGUGGGCUUCAACCCCACGGUGAAACGCACCGUUGUGUAUUGCGAGCACGAAGAGAAGGGCAAGUUCAAGAUCUCUAAGGGACUUGUCAACAAGGUCCUGAUCACAGGAGACGAUGGUGGAGACUGUUGGGAGUGUGUGGAUGCCGACAAGUUGAAGGAGGAACUGAACGAAGUCGACAUCCGCUUCUCCUCCCAGGGGUACAAAACAGUGGGCCUGGCGGUCUCGCACAACGAGGGGCCGAUGCAGUUCGCAGCGAUCAUCCCCAUGUUGGAUCCGCCACGGGGCGACACCAAGCUCACGAUCCACCGCAUCCGGGAAGCGGGCAUCAACGUGAAGAUGAUCACAGGUGAUCACCUGAACAUCGCCAUCGAGACCAGUCGCCUGAUCGGUAGCCCCAGUGCCAGGACCUCGCAGUUCUCGUUGGAUCCUUUGGUGCUUUCUUCUCAUCUCCUCCAAGGCCUUGGCACCCACGUCCUUCCCGCCAGUGAGCUGUGGCCGGCCUCCGCCACGCGGGACGAGACCAUCGUCACGGCGGACGGCUUCGCGCAGGUGCUGCCCAAGGACAAGCGCGAGGUGAUCUUGGUCUUGCAGAACCGCGGCCUGGUGGUGGGCAUGACGGGGGACGGCGUCAACGACGCCCCGGCCCUGGCGCAGGCGCAGAUCGGCAUCGCCGUGGACGGUGCCACCGAGGCGGCGCGCAGCGCGGCGGACAUCAUCCUCACCCAGCCGGGCCUUUCGGCCAUCUUCGAUGCCGUGGUGGAGUCGCGGAAGAUCUUCGCGCGGCUCCGGUCGUACGUGCUGUACAGGAUAGGAGCGACCAUCCAAAUUGUGCUGGUCCUGUCAAUCCUGAUCUAUGCCUACAAUGACACCAUGCCCGCGAUUUACGUGAUUUUGUUGGCGCUGGUGAACGAUGUGACGAUGUUGCCCGUGGCCAGCGACAAUGCCUCCCCCUCCGCGUUGCCGGAGAUCCCCUCGAUGCCGCAAAUCUUGUUGGCGUCCUUCCUGUAUGGCUUCAUCGGCACCGGUCAAACCAUGGCCCUCUACCUCUCGGAUGUGCUCCACUCGGAUCCCUCCAUGGACCCCGAGGAGAGGCGCCAGUAUCGGAUGGCGGUGACCUAUUUGCAGAUGUCCAUCGCGGUGGAGCUCAACAUCUUCUCCUGUCGCACACCGCUGUAUGUGGCGAACCUGCUACGCCCAGAGACCUGGCCUUCGCUCUUGCUCUUCAUUUGCGUCAUGGGCGGGAACCUGCUGGUCUCCCUGCUCGCAGGCUUUGGCGACACGUUCCAUGUGGUGCACAAGGUCGAGCCUUGGCGUGUGGAGCUGGGCUGUUCGGAGCGAGUGGGGCGAGAUGACGGUCCCGACCCUCAGAAGAUUUGGGUCUACGACAUUGGUUGCUUGCUGGUGAUCGACUUCCUCAAGCGCUUCUUGCUCGCUGAAUUCGUGCAGUCUGGUGAGAUCGGAGGAGGGUCUUUUUCAGUUCCCCCGGCGGGGAAGCUCCGCGAUCCAAGGAAUGUGAUUGGUGCAGUGUCUGGGUGGCAAUUGCGGCAGAAGACUGUUGAGAACCUUCGGGCACUUCAAUACGCUCCCCACUUUUUGUCCUUCUUACUGGUGGGUGCCGGCUGCGGAUUUCUGUUGGUGAAUGCACUCUACAAUGCCAUGGCCAACGAGCCGGAACUGGAGAAGGAUGGGAAGACCUUCGGGCAGUUUUCCAUCAUCCAAGGAGCUGUGGGCCUGGCUUCCGGACUUCUAUACCUUUUCUGGAAUUUGAGAUGUCCACACUGCCUCACCAUGAGACAAGAGCAGGUGGGAGUCUCCAUUCUCAUUCUCUCAAACGUGAUCGCUUUCUUGAUUCUCUCAGCCUUUUGGUCAGUGGGCGCGCCGGACUAUCCGGUCUUUGUGGCUGGGGCUGCUGCUGCACAAGUGAUUGGCAACUUCACCAUUUAUUUGCUUUUCCCCAUGGUGUCCACUUACUACGCCGGCUGGCUGGUGGCCCCGGUGCGUGCCGGAACGGACGUGAGCAGCCUCAUCACGAGCCUCAUCGGGCAAGCGCAAAAUCCGGAUCCGGGGAUCGGCACGCUCUUCUUCAUCUAUGCCAUCUUCUCCGUCUGCGGCUUGGGCGCCUGGGCCAGCAUCAUGUACUUGGGCACCGGGCUGCGCUACGAGAUUGACGACGAGGGCACCGUGACGCUCUCCGAGAGCGAGGAUGAGUCCGACGAGUCCAGGACCUGGGAGUCCGAUGAGUCCGAAUGCCGAGAAUUCCACGUGGCCAACGGGCCUCACUACGGCUGCUUGGAUGGCUUGGCGUGUCCUCGACAGCUGCUGCUGCCAGUGGUCCUGGCCACCUUAAGUCAGGUGGCCCAGUGGGGCAUCGCGGCCUCGCUGGGGCAGAUCGGCGCCGCCAUGACCGACCCGGUCGGCUGCCACGGACACCAGGGGAAACGGGUCUACCGCUACGCUUUGACCAGCUCAAUGAUCUCCGUUCCCAUCGGCUCCAUUUUGUCCACGGCAUGGAACUGCCCCCGGUCGAUCUUCAAUGCCCUGAGCUGCGUGCAGCUGUUGGCGGCUGCGGUGGUGGGAUCGGACGCUUGA